AAUCAUCCACCUAUGAUCCACCAAGUCCACCUUAUAAUCCUAUAAUCAUCAUAUAUAAUGUUGAAUGUUGUCAUGGCUACACAAAUGUUGUGAUGUCAACAUUCACAGUUGGAUUGUGCUUGAAUAUUGCUUGGAUAAUCUGCAAGUCUGUGUUAAAAAAAAUGCAUACCUACUUUGCUCUAAUAUAGUUUCCAAUUUGGUAAUUCAAGAUCAUUUAAAAACUAUGCAGUUGAAAUAUUUGCAGACAAUUUUGGAAGCCCAGGAUUAUGAUUACAAAAUUGUUGGUCUCUGUUGGUCCUCCAACAAUCAAAAACUUGCAAUAGCAACAUCUGAUAGGCAAGUACUUUUAUUUGAUGAUAAAGGUGAAAAAAGGGACAGGUUUUCCACAAAACCUUAUGAUCCAGAAGCUGGCAAAAGAUCCUAUGUGAUUACAGGAAUUGCUUUCAGUCCAGAUUCCACAAAAAUAGCUGUGGCUCAAAGUGACUGCAUUGUAUAUGUUUAUAAAAUCGGAGAAAAAUGGGGAGAAAAAAAGGCAAUUUGUAACAAAUUUCCACAAUCUUCUCCUGUUACUUGUUUGAUAUGGUUAUUAACUGGGCCGAUUAUAUGUGGACUUGUAGAUGGAAAAGUUAGGGCUCUGCAAAUCAAAUCUAACAAGGCCCAAAGUCUCUUUGCAUCUGAUAGUUUAGUUGUAUCAUUAGCAUCAAACUCAAAAGGUACUGGAUUUUUAUCUGGUCAUGUAGAUGGAAAUGUAAUUCGUUUCUAUAUCACAAAUGACCAUGGGGAAGACGAGGCUCAAGGUAGAAUAGCUCUGCAUUCUGUACCUCCAUAUGCCCUUUCUUGGCCCCAAGAUCACAUCUUCAUCGCUGGCUGUGACAAAAGGGUAUCCGUAUUCAAUAACCAAGGAAAAUUGGUGAAAAACUUCGACUAUAGCAAAGAUACGUCGGAAUAUGAUUUCACUGUAGCUGCAUGUAGUUCUAGUGGACAGGCUGUGGCAAUUGGAAGUUUCAACCGUUUGCGUGUAUACACGUGGAAUACGAGAAAGUCGAUUUGGGAAGAGACCCCUGCCAAAGAGUUGCCCAAUUUUUAUACACUGACAGCACUAGCGUGGAAACGAGAUGGGUCUAAAGUAACUUGUGGUGGAUUGUGUGGCGCAGUUUUCAUGUUUGAAUCAGUAUUGAAGAGGACCGUUUGGAAGGACAAAUUCGAAAUAACUUAUGUAGGCCCAAGUCAGGUGCUAGUCAAACCAUUAGACACCAAUGAGAGAGGUGUUAUUCUGAAAUCUCAACGUGGUGGGGAAAUAGAAGACGUUAAAAUAAUGGGCAAAGACUGUUAUCUAGUUGCUAGGACAGACGACACCCUCCUCGUAGCUGAUUUAACAAGAAAUCUUUUGAGCGAGGUACCAUGGAACAAUUCCGGUCGACACGAGAAGUUCUACUUUGAAAACGCCACCGUUUGCCUGGUCUUUAACGCCGGCGAACUGACCCUCAUCGAAUACGGGGAGAACGACAUCCUUUGCUCGGUGCGCACUGAAUUCGCCAAUCCGCAUCUGAUCAGCGUUAGAUUGAACGAGCGAAACCAAACUGCCGACAACAAGAAGCUGGCUUAUCUGUUGGACUUGAAGACCGUUUGCAUUGUGGAUCUGGUGAAUGGUUUCAUGGCGGGGCAGAUAAGUCACGAUUCGAAAAUCGAUUGGCUGGAGAUGAACGAGAUCGGGAACAAAUUGUUGUUUAGGGAUAAGAAACAAAGACUUGUUCUUGUCGAUGUAAUGACCCAAAUGAAGCAGACCAUGUUCAGCGGGGUGAGUUUCGUACAGUGGGUGGAAAACAGUGACGUGGCCGUAGCUCAGGCUGAUACCACCCUGGCGAUUUGGUACAACAUCGAUUUGCCCGAGAACCCCACUUUGAUGACGAUCAAAGGAGACGUUAUCGACGUCGUGAGGAAUAACGGUAAAACGGAGGCCAUUUGCGUCGAGGGAAAUAACACUUUCAAUUUGGAAUUGGACGAGGGAUUGGUUGAAUUUGGAACCGCCUUGAACGACAACGACUUCAACCGGGCCAUUCUGUUCCUCGAGAGCAUAGAAAACUCUUCGGAGGCAGAAGCGAUGUGGCGCACGCUCUACAUCAUCGCCAUGAAGCUGCAGAAUUUGUCGCUCGCCGAACGGUGCAGCAACGCUCUCGGAGAAGUGGCAACGGCGCAUUUCCUUCGCGAGACCGCUGUGGAAGCGGAAAAGUUCGUGGAGAAGUAUAACGACAGCCCGAGCAAUUCUCCGGAAGUGUGGGCGCGACUGUCGUUGCUCUAUGGGGAUUUGAGUACCGCGGAGAAUAUUUUCUUGGAGCAGGGGAAUAUCGAGAAGGCUCUGGAUAUGUAUAAGAGAUUGCAUAAAUGGGAUGAGGCUUUAAGGCUCGCUGAACAAAGAAAUUACGAACAUUUGGAGGACCUCAAAAACGAGCAUAUGUCGCUGUUAUUACAGAGUGGACAGUACGAAAAGGUCGGACAGGUUUUGGAAAAGGAAGGCAAAUAUCAGGAAGCUCUGGACAUGUACAUGAAAUCCAAUAAACUCCUGAGAGUACCGCACUUGCUUUCCAAGUCUCCGCAAUUGUUGAAUGAUCAUACGAUCAUAGCGAAUAUUUUGAAGAGUCUGGUGAAGCAGGAACUGUUUGAACCUGCAGCAGAAAUUUAUGAGAAACUUGAUAAAUUCGAUUUGGCGAUGGAGUGUUACAGAAAAGGAAAAAUCUGGAACAAAGCCGUCGAUCUGGCCAGACAGGUCAGCCCCGACAAAGUCGUUCAGUUCGAGGAAGAGUGGGGCGACAGCCUGGUAGAGACCAAGCAAAUGGACGCCGCCAUCAGCCAUUACAUAGAGGCCGGCUGCUCUCUGAAGGCGCUCGAGGCCGCCGUGGGAGCGAGGCAGUGGAAGAAGGCCGUGCAUAUCGUCAAGGUCAUCGGUGAUCCGGACACGGUUCAGAAGUAUUACGUAGUGAUUGCCAAUCACUUUUCCAUUAUUAAGGAAUAUUCGACUGCUGAAAAGCUUUUCGCCUCUUGCGGGAUGUACAAAGAAGCAGUGGACAUGUACAACGAGGCCGGCCAAUGGGAGAAGGCUCAUUCGAUCGCCUCCAAACACUUGGAGGCCAACGAAGUGUCGGACAUGUAUAUCAAACACGCCGAACAACUGGAAGAGGCCGGCAAGUACAGGGAUGCCGAGAAAUUGUACUUGUCGGUGAAUUCGCCAGAUCUGGCGAUCGCUAUGUAUAAGAGGGUGGAGCAAUACGAUAAUAUGGUCAGACUAGUGGAGAAAUACCACCCCAGCCUGCUACAAACCACCCAUCUACACCUGGGCCAGCAGCUCGAGAGUCAGGGCAAAUACCGCGCCGCCGAGAUACACUAUCUGGCCGUGGACGAUUGGAAGGCGGCCGUGACCAUGUACCGCACGCUAGGCAUGUGGGAGGAGGCGUACAGGGUGGCCAAGCAGAACGGGGGCGGGCCGACCGCCGCCCACCAGGUGGCUUUCCUGUGGGCGCGCUCGCUGCCCAUCGACUCUGCUGUCAAGUUGCUGAACAAGUACGGGAUCUUGGAGGCUUGCGUCAAUCACGCCUGCGAGACUUAUCAGUUCGAGUUUGCUUUUCAGCUGUGCAAAAACUUACCAGCUAAACUCAACGAAGUGCACUUGAAGUACGCCAUGGCCCUGGAAGACGACGGCAAAUUCGCCGAGGCCGAGACGGAAUUCGUGCAGGCCGGCAAGCCGAAAGAGGCCGUCCUGAUGUACGUGCACGCUCAGAAUUGGCUGAGCGCGCUCAGGGUGGCCGAGAAGCACCUGCCCGAGGCGGUGGCCGAGGUGCUACAAGCUCAGGCGGGGCAGUGCUUCAAGGACAAGCAGUUUGCCGAGUUCGAGGUGUUGUUGCUGAGGGCACAGGCGCCGGAGUUGAUCGUGCAGAAGUACAAGAGUGAAGACAUGUGGAUAGACGCCCUAAGAGUGUGCAAAGACUACCUGCCCCACCUCUACCCCGCCAUGCAGGCCGAGUACGGCGGCUCGCACCACCACCGAACCGCCGACGUCGACAUCGAGACGCUGCUGUCGAGGGCGAACGAGUGGGCGCUCGCCGGCCAGCACAAACAGGCUGUUGACUGUCUGCUGCAAGUCAACGAUGGCAUGACGGAGCCUGCCAUCGUGAAGAGGGCUCUCCUGCGAGCGGCCGACGUUGUGAAUAAGUUCUUGUUCGGGGAGGAGGCAUUGGAGGUCAUCAGAGUGUUGUCUCCCAGGUUAGUCGAUAUUGGCGAAUAUAGUGUUGCUGCGCAACUCUACGUGAGCAUGGAAAUGAUGAAAGAAGCAAUCGAUACAUUUAUAAUAGCGGAGGAAUGGAACAAGGCCAGAAAAGUCGCUAAGGAAUUGGAACCGGCCUAUGAAAGUUAUGUGGAGAGUAAAUACAAAGAUCGUUUACUCAAGAAAGGCGACGUAGAACAGUUAGCAGAUGUAGAUAUCAUUGGUGCUCUCGACCUGCUCGCGGAACAGGGCCAGUGGGCCAGGUGCAUCGAGAAAGCCAAAGCCCACAACGCCCCUAUCCUGCACAAGUACGUCGCCCUGUAUGCGGCCAAGCUGCUCAAGGACGGAUUCGUGCUGGAGGCGUUGGAUCUGUACGCCACGCACGGCGCACCCGCCAUGCCUCAAAACUUCAACAUCUACAAUCACAUCGCCACGGAAAUGUUCGGUUUUAACGAUCUGGGAAGUCCCGAGAGUUACUCGGUGUGGGAGAAUUUGAGGCAGAUGCUGUUGGAAAUCAAUACUGGUUUGGGAAUGGCUCCAAACGUAAAAGCUGAAACGAGGUCACAUUUCAGAAAUCUACUUCUCAUCACCCAUUAUUAUGCCCUCAGGGCAGCGUGCAGACAGGUGCCAUCUUUGAAAGCCAUCGGAGUUAAAAUCAGCACAGCUCUUCUGAGGUAUACUGAUUUGAUUCCUGCGGAUAAGGCGUUCUAUGAAGCAGGUAAAGAUAUGAAGGAGGAGGGACGACUCUCCGAAGCAUUCGUUUUCCUGAAUCACUACUUGGAUUUGUGCGAGGCCAUCGAAGAAGGCGAGGGUCAACUGGUCGACCAUUCGGACCUGACGCAAACGGACUUUCCUUCGAACGUCCCUUUGCCGAAUCAGCUCCACCUGUCCGAGGAUCAGAAAGAGCACGACAACAUCAGAGAGUGGGUGUUGGCUAUCAGCAUGGAUCAGAAAAUCGACCAGACUCUGCCAGAAGAUGACAGACAGCUUUUCGAAUCUUCUCUGCAGCCAGACGAAUCUCCUUGCUUGGUGACGGGAUAUCCAGUGAGAAAACAGCCGGUCUCUUUCGCCAAGUCCAACUUGCAGGCCAACAAAGAUGCCUGGGCGAAGCUGAACAUGGGAGCCAAGAUGGCGCCCGAGUCCAAUGUGGCGAACGCUAUUUCGUUCGUCACUAAGUGGUGUGGGCAACCAAAUUGAUUUAUUUGUAGUCGUUUGUAUAAUCUGUUGAGUUAUUAUCAAUAAAACCAGUCAUGGUAGUAGUGGUAUAUGUACUUCGUUGGUAG